AUGACCGAUGCCUGCAGCGCAACACAACGCUCCGCAUCCCCCUCUGCCAGCCUGGAUGCCUCCGACCCGGAGCUGCACUACGAGGAUGAGGAUGAAGAUGAAGAUGCACAAACAUCCUCGCAAUCCUCGGAACCGUCGGACAGCAGCAGCGUUUUUUCCGACGAUUCGGUUUAUCCGUGCUACGAGCCGAGCCCGGGGGAGGAGGGCAGCGAGGGGCUCACGCUGUACCAGUGCUGUGCCAGGAAUGAUGCCAGGCUGGUGUGGGAGCGGCUGGAGCGAGGAGUGACCAGAGGAGAGGCCACCGAGAUGGACAUCAACGGCAGGAACGGGCUGAUGCUCGCCUGCUCCAAGGGAUUCGUGGACAUCGUGCCCCUCUUGCAGAGCUGCCCCUACAUCGACGUCAACCAACAGGACAACGACGGCAACACGGCCCUGAUGAUGGCUGCGCAGGCAGGAGCCGACCUCCAAGCCGUGGACGCCGUCAAGGGCAAGACAGCYCGGGAAUGGGCGACCUUCACCGGCCGCUUCGACACCACCGUGCGCAUCCGCAGCCUCCUGCGCCGCCCCCGCGCCGAGCAAUUCGCCGCCCACUAYCAGCCCGAGUGGCCAGCGCUGGCCSARCUGGUGGCCAAAGCCCUGAUCCCCAAAUCCAGGAGCAAGCGGCUGUCGGAAAAAAUCCGAGCCAUGUUCACCUUCAACUUCCCCCGCAACCCCGAGGAGGACGGCGUGAUGGACCACAUGGUGAGGAUGACCACGUCCCUCGCUAGCCCCUUUGUGGCCACMGCUUGCCAAACCGUGUGCCCGGAUAGCCCGCCCGAGGUGGGCAAACGGAGGCUGUCGGUGCCGGAGAUUCUCGGCCAGCACGUUCCCGAUCCCGAAAUCUCUUCACGCCCCAGCACCGGAGCGUUGUCCUGCAAUGGUCAAGCCGUGUCCGAGCUCCGGCCACCUCCACCGCCACGCCGGCCACCAAACCGCUUUCUGAGCUUCCUCCCGUUGUGGCUGCGGGGUGGCAACAGCGUUUUUCCCGGGGAGCCCGUCCCUAAAAUCAAAGUGAGCAAAGCCACGGGCGCGGCCAACGGCGAGAGGAAACCGCGGGUGAAGGACAAGGAGCUGCUGCAGCCGCCGCAGUGGAGGUACAAAGCGCUCAAGGAGGAGAAGAGAGCGGCCGAGGAGGCUCAGGGCAAGGAGAAAAAGAAAAAAAAGAAGAAAAAGAAAAAGAAAGGUUAA